AUGCCCCCCCAGCUCAGCGAAUUUACCACCAAUGAGAUCGUACGCCUUCUAAAUGAUGGUUAUAUGCCUGCUCAGAUUGCGCGGACCAUUGAGUGCAGUCUGGCCACUGUAUAUCGAAUCCAACGAAAUAUUCGCUGCUUUGGAACUGCUAGAAGUCCUCGUUCAACAUGGGGUGUAAAGCCAAAGAUCACACCGGAUAUCUUGUCAGGUUUGGAGGACUUUUUUGAGGCAUAUUCAACUGCAUAUCGCGAUGAGGCUGUCUGCUUUGUGAAGGAUGAAUUUGAUGUUGAUAUCCACCCUCGAUCGAUAUCUAGAUUGUUGAAGAAACUGAAUUUGACAUGGAAGAAGAUCGACGAUAUGGAUGGUCAAGCAGAGGAUUCCCUUGUCGCAUUAGAAGGCCCUGUAAACGAUCUCGCAGAUGGUCAAUCUUACCUGCAAUAA